ACUUGAGUUUUUUAGUUCUUAAAAUAAAUUUCAGGUGGUAGAUACCGCUUGGUGACAGGUUAUCCCAGGUGACUGCUUACAGUUAGAAAGGUGUUUGAGAUAAGGUAGCGUAUGGUCAGAUCCUGAACACUCAUGGAGUUCAAGGAGUGAUGUGAGUAGGAACCAGGUAUACGCGUAUAUAUGGGCACUUCUGCAGUUAACAGGUUUCCUUUGGGUAAGUUGGCACAUAAAUGAGUUUAUAUUUAUAAAACCUGCCACAUAAUAAUUGCUCUCAUGGAAGAUGACUAAGUUGUUAAUAUCUGCAAGUUUUUUGCUAUCAAAAGUAUUUUGACACGGUGGUCUUAUAUCUGCCAAACCCUAGCUUGAGAAUAAAAGAUAAUAGAAUGCCAGCACGACAGGCAUGAGCCCUGGCAAAUUCUGCCUGAAGGUAUUGAGCAUUGUAGCUUUUUUUUUUCCAAUCCAUGACAGUUGAUUUAGGUGACAUUCAGGGUCUGGGGAAAAUGAGCACUCCAGUCUGGCCUAAAGACGUUGGAAGAGGAUUUUUACGCUAAGUUUGUGUCCACUUAUCUAGUAUCUGGAAAUUGUUUUAUCUGUAAGAUUGGGUACGAUGAAAGGCUGAGGAUUAGAGUGUAUGUGAAGACCCUAGCACAGAGUCACUUGGUGAGAUGACUUCUCUUUUGUACUUCAGAUUGAUGUCCUUCAGAUGUACCAGAACUAGAAAGCAGUGAUAUAAAUUUAUUCAUUUAUUUUAUUAAUUUUUGGCUGCAUUGGGUCUUUGUUGCUGCGCGCAGGCUCUCUCUAUUGCGGGGAGCGGGGGCCACUCGUUGCAGUGCGCGGGCCUCUCACUGUGGCUUCUCUGGUUGCGGAGCUUGGGCUCUAGGCGUGUGGGCUCCAGAGCACAGGUCCAGCAGCUAUGGCGCACGCAGCAUGUGGGAUCCCCCCAGACCAGGGCUCGAACCCAUGUCCCCUGCAUCGGCAGGUGGACUCCUCACCACUGCGCCACCAGGGAAGCUUGGUAUCAAGACUUUUUAAAGGUCCCUAAGAGAUUCUGAAGUGCAGCCAAGAUUGAGGACCAGUCCUCUGUCUAGACUGAGUCAGUCUUGGUUUUAGGAAUAUUAAAUUCCAAAGUCUAAAAUAGACCGGUCUUCCUCCCCUACCCCAUCCUCCAGGCAGGUGAAUUUCAAGUCUUUAAUGUGACAUGAAGUCCCCAGGUACUCCAUUUAAAAUGAAUCUUUUUUUAUCCCAUUGCAUAAUAUGAAAUUUCUCACCUGCCUUCCUCAAAUGUGAGGUGAGAGUUGGGCCUGUCAUUUUUUUUCCCCUCGUCCUCUCAUGUUCUUUCCAGGUUCUCUUCACGUUUUAAUAGAAUGGGCUCAAAUUAUAGACUUCCUAUAAUUUCAAAUUUGAUUGCUAGGAGCUCGCCUGUCAUAGUGUAGAAAAAUUACAUAUGCUGAGUAUUGAGAUGCUGGGAUUGGUGACUAUUACGUGUAGGUAUAAUGCAACCUUUUUCUAAUUAAUACAUGUGCCUUUGUAUUAUAUAUAAUGUUUAUGUUACUAGUAUUAUAAUAACAUAAAAGAAUUCCUGGAUUUAUUGCUUCAUCUGUAAAAUGAUAAUAGCACCUCAGAGUUGGUGUGAGGAGCAGAAUAAUUUGUAUAAGCCACUUUGAUAUGUAAAGCAUCCAUGAGUUUAUUCAAGGGGGAAAUUUGGGAAGUAAAAAAUAUAAAGGAAGGAAAAAUCACUUGUAACAACAAUAGGGAAGAUCACUGUUCAUGUUUUGCUGUAUCCUGUCAUACAUACAUAAUAUUAGAGGGAAGUAUGGUACUUACUGUUUUAUUGAUAAGUAUACAACUUUUACUGUUGGUUUUUAAAAUUUUAACGGGAGGAGGAAUAGCUGAUGAAAAGAAUUGGGUGGGGAGGGGAGAAGUGCUUUAAGUGGGUUUACUGGAAAUCAGGAGAUCUGAAUUCUGGUUCUGGAUCUGCCACUAAAUGGAUUUAGGAAAUAUUCCAACAUUCUGAGCUUCAACUUCCAGUUCUGUACAACGAGAGUUGGACGUAGAUGCUCUCUGAGCUCUUUCUGAUCCUUUGUGGGUACAAGCUUUUCAAGGGAACUGGGUUUGGGAAAUGUAUAUAAUAAAGUGGGAGCAGAGAACCUUGCUCUUAAAAGGAAAACAGGGAGCUGGGCCCGACUGCGUUAACACUGCGCACAUUCAGUAACCCACCUUCUCUUCAAUCUCUUGAUUCCUCUUGCAUGGUUCCCUCCUAGACAUCCCUCACCUCUGGACCAUUUAAGCAACUUCCCCCGUAGCCCCGAGAGCCUACCUCGUAGGAUGGGGACAGUACGGUUUGUGUCACAGGGGUCUUUGACAUAACGUAACAAUGCGCAGGGGAGCCCCCACCUAGGACCCUCCGCUCCCUCUAGAAAAGUCCUCGGAGGCUGCGGUGGUUAGGAUGGGGCAUUUUUGCGCGUGUCCCCUGUGGCUGGAGAAGCGCUUCAUCUUGGAUGGAGUGGCCGUGAGCACCAUGGCCCGCACCUAUGAGCACUUGAGGCCUAAGCUCUGGUCGGCGAUUCCACCCUACAACGCGCAGCAAGACUACCACGCCCACCGGUACUUCCGGAGCCGCGUGGUUCCGCCCAUCUUGCGGAAAACCGAUCAGGAUCAUGGCGGUACAGGAAGGGAUGGCUGGAUAGUGGAUUAUUUCCAUAUCUUCGGGCAAGGACAGAGAUACCUCAACAGGAGAAACUGGUCAGGGGCAGGGCAUUCCCUCCAGCAGGUGACCGGACAUGACAACUAUAAUGCCAAUCUGAAUGUGACCCAGGGGUUCAAUGGUCGGUUUGGCUAUCGCCGGAACACCCCAGCCCUCCGCCAGCGCCCAUCUGUCUUUGGAGAGGUCACCCAAUUCCCUCUCUUCUAACAGCAGCUCUUCUCUUCACACUCCUCGACCUGAAUUUCUGAGAUGUGUAUAUGAACUCUCAGUGUUAUUUGAUAUUAAAACUUUUGUGUGUGUGUC